AGGAGCCGCCUGCGCGGCCCAGCGGCGGCGGGCGGGCCGGACACACCGACCGAGCGGCCGAGCGGGCGAGCAGCCGCGGCACGGAGCGAGGGAGGGAGCGCAGAGCGGCAGCGCAGCCCGCGCCGGCAGCGCCAUGGCCACCAAGGCUCGUGUUAUGUAUGAUUUUGCUGCUGAGCCUGGAAACAAUGAGCUGACAGUCAGUGAAGGGGAGAUCAUCACAAUCACCAACCCGGAUGUUGGUGGAGGCUGGUUAGAAGGAAAAAACAGCCAGGGCGAGAGAGGACUUGUUCCAACAGAUUAUGUUGAGAUUAUAACCGAAGGUGCAAAAGAUAGCCUUAGCUGUGGUAACUCAUUAGCUGAUCAGGCCUUUUUUGAUUCCCUUUCUUCAAAUACAGCUCAGACCAACUCUGCUGCCAAAAGCAGUAAUCAGGCAAGCAUUGCCAAUGAUCCUUGGUCCAGCUGGAAUGUUGGGAAGUCUGGGAACUGGGAUAAUGGAAAUGCUGUUGACAGCUGGGCAACAAAAUCUGAAAGUGCACCUGGCCAGAGAAACAGCACUUCAAAUAACUGGGAGGCGGCAGCAGCAUUUGGUCAUCCACAGGCAUAUCAAGGACCAGCAGCUGCUGAUGACGAUGAUUGGGAUGAUGACUGGGAUGACCCAAAAUCAGCUUCACCAUCGUACCUUGGUUACAAGGAGACUGAGGCAUCAGAGGCUGGGGGGGUCCAGCGUGGAAAUUCUCGUGCAGCUGCUAUGAAGCUACCACUUAACAAGUUUCCUGGAUUUGCAAAACCUGGAAUGGAACAGUAUCUGUUGGCAAAGCAGCUAGCAAAACCCAAAGAAAAAAUUCCCAUAAUUAUUGGCGAUUAUGGCCCAAUGUGGGUAUAUCCUACCUCUACAUUUGACUGUGUGGUGGCAGAUCCCAAAAAAGGUUCUAAAAUGUAUGGUCUCAAGAGCUACAUUGAGUAUCAGCUGACCUGCACUAACACUAAUCGGUCUGUCAACCACAGAUACAAGCACUUUGAUUGGUUGUAUGAGCGGCUCCUGGUUAAAUUUGGAUUAGCCAUUCCAAUCCCUUCUCUUCCAGACAAGCAAGUAACAGGGCGCUUUGAAGAAGAAUUUAUCAAAAUGCGCAUGGAGAGGCUGCAAGCUUGGAUGACGAGAAUGUGUCGCCAUCCUGUUGUGUCAGAGAGUGAAGUUUUCCAGCAAUUUCUCAAUUUCCGAGAUGAGAAGGAGUGGAAAACUGGAAAGAGGAAGGCAGAAAAAGAUGAAACUGUAGGAGUCAUGAUCUUUUCUACAAUGGAACCAGAAGCUCCUGACUUGGACAUGGUAGAAAUAGAACAGAAAUGUGAUGCAGUGGGUAGGUUCACCAAAGCAAUGGAUGAUGGAGUUAAAGAGCUGCUGACAGUGGGACAAGAGCACUGGAAGAGGUGUACAGGGCCACUACCCAAGGAAUACCAGAAGAUAGGAAAAGCAUUGCAGAGCCUGGCACUGGUCUUUAGCACUAGUGGAUACCAAGGAGAAUCUGAUCUCAAUGGAGCAAUAACAGAAGCAGGGAAAACUUACGAAGAAAUUGCCAGUCUUGUAGCAGAUCAGCCAAAGAAAGAUCUCCACUUUUUGAUGGAAACAAAUCAUGAAUAUAAGGGAUUUCUUGGUUGCUUCCCUGACAUCAUAGCAGCACAUAAGGGAGCAAUAGAAAGAGUGAAGGAAAGUGACAAGUUAGUUGCAACCAGUAAAAUAACACCACAAGACAAACAGAACAUGGUGAAACGUGUGAGCACCAUGGCUUAUGCACUACAAGCUGAGAUGAAUCACUUCCACAGUAACCGGAUCUAUGACUACAACAGCGUCAUUCGUCUCUAUUUGGAGCAGCAGGCACAGUUCUAUGAAACGAUUGCACAGAAGCUGAGGCAGGCACUCAGCCGCUUUCCUGUGAUGUAGAGAAUAAGAAGUAUUCAACAAUAUAGAACAACUCCAAAGUGCUUUUCUGAUGUGGGGGCAAUGCUAAUAAAAAGUUAUUAGCCUUUGCAAAAAAAAAACAAAACCCAAAAAACCCCAAACCAACAAGAAUCAGUUGCAAAAAAAAGUAUUAUUUCAAAUUUUACUUUAUUGACCUAAGUCAUACAAUAAGGCUUUUCUGUCUUGAAAGCUCUCCCAUUUGUUUUAUCAUUAUUUAAAUUAAAACAGCUGUGUAAUGCUGUCAGUUAUAGGGAUCUAAAUUAUCAAACUGAUAUGUUGCCAUGGACUUCACAAAGACUUGUUUGUCAGAUGUUCUUCCAAAAAUUGUGGAUCCACACCAGAGCGAUGCAUUUGUAGCUUUUUUUCUAAAUGGGAAAGCAGACAAACUUAAGAAGUUGACCUAAUACUCAUUAUAUUCAGUUGAGCUCUCCAGCAAUUCAGUAACCAGGAGGAAUUAUAUUCAUGUAUGUUUCUGGCACAUGGUUGUGAUAAUCUCCUGAAUGAAUGCUUUGUUCUUAAGUUUUUCUUCCCAUAUGCAGCCAUGGCAUCCUGCUCUCAGUAUGACUUCUGGUAAAUAUAAAUCAUUCUUCCCUCUCUUCUUUUUCCUUCUAACUAAAUCUAGUUCUUGUGGCGCAUCACCUCAGAGCUUAUGUCAGGCUCACUUUUUCACUAUGCACUGUGUAAGAAGACAAAGUCCAAACAAGGAACGAGCCAUUCAGGAAAGUGUGAAAAAUAGUUUUCCAUACCAGCACUUUGACACCCCCAAUGUCAUGCCAUAAGGCACUGAUGUUUCUCAGUGCUGUACAGGGCCAGCUUCCCCUCUGACAGUUUGUAGUGUUUCAGCAGAGGGGACAAUGCCACAUCUAACCCCAACUAGUAGACAUCCCCAAAUUCCAAUUAAGCUCAGGUCUUCAUGUAGUAGUAGGGCGUGCUAUUGGUUCAGGUUAACUUUUUGUUGCCUUCUAAUGCAAACUCAAAGGCAACAAAAGUACUGAAUAACAUCAUUAGUUAUUACACAAACUCUGUUCUUUGAGCAUCAUCUUUUAUCAAGUGACUCAGUAUCCUCCUCCAUACUACUGAAAUACCAUUUGAGGCCUUGGCUUUUCACAGAAUCAAACCAAAAAAAGUCACCAUCAACUGUGAUCACAAUGGGCACCAAGUACAGUAAUUAAUUUCUUGCCAUAAGCAAGCAGGAAAGCCAAAACGCAGUUUCUACUAGAAUGUGCCUAGAAAAUAAAUAUUUUAGUUUAAAAAAAAGGCAUUUUACCAAUAAGCCAUUCUAAGUGACGGGUACAGUCUGCCAGUUCAAUAGUUGCCUUACUCUGUUUUGCAUUGGUGUUAUAUUUCUGUGCUAGAAGGAAAAUCUCGGUCUGCCUGAAUAACCUGAAACCAAACCAAACCAAACCAGACUAAGCCUAAGUCUAGAUGCUUCUCAGUGUCAUGAGUUUUGUUCACCUUUUAUAAACCUUGUCUUUUUCUUCUCCCAAUUUUAGUUUGCUUCCAAAAUUCCAUAGUGCAGUGUUGUUUGAUACAGCCAUUUAAAUAUGUACAAAUUGUAAAGAAUGUGUAUAAAUGUUUUACACCAAAUGUAAGAUCUGCUUGCAUGUAGAAGCAGCUUAUAUAAUAAAUUGUUACAAUGUGUACAGUAAAUUCUGAAAUCAC